GGCGGGGCGGGCUCCGGAGCCGAGAUGUCUCAGGAGCGGCCCAAGUUCUACCGGCAGGAGCUGAACAAGACGGUGUGGGAGGUGCCCGAGCGCUACCAGAACCUUUCCCCGGUCGGCUCCGGGGCCUACGGCUCCGUGUGUUCUGCCUUUGACACAAAAACUGGGUUGCGUGUGGCUGUAAAGAAGCUGUCCCGGCCAUUUCAGUCUAUCAUUCAUGCCAAAAGGACCUACCGAGAGCUACGGCUACUUAAGCACAUGAAACACGAAAAUGUGAUUGGCUUGUUGGAUGUGUUCACCCCUGCCAAGUCACUAGAAGAAUUCAAUGAUGUGUACUUGGUGACACACCUUAUGGGAGCAGAUCUGAACAACAUUGUGAAAUGCCAGAAACUCACCGAUGACCAUGUGCAGUUCCUCAUAUACCAGAUUCUUCGGGGACUGAAGUACAUCCAUUCAGCUGACAUAAUACACAGGGAUUUAAAACCUAGUAACCUAGCUGUAAAUGAAGACUGCGAGCUGAAGAUCCUGGAUUUUGGCUUGGCCCGACACACAGAUGAUGAGAUGACCGGGUAUGUGGCUACCCGGUGGUACAGGGCUCCUGAGAUCAUGCUGAACUGGAUGCAUUACAACCAGACAGUUGAUAUUUGGUCAGUGGGAUGCAUUAUGGCUGAACUGUUGACUGGAAGAACAUUGUUCCCUGGUACAGACCAUAUUGAUCAGUUGAAGCUCAUUUUGAGACUCGUUGGAACCCCAGGGCCUGAGCUUUUGAAGAAAAUCUCCUCAGAGUCUGCAAGAAACUACAUUCAGUCUUUGUCUUACAUGCCGAAAAUGAACUUUGAAAAUGUGUUUAUUGGUGCCAAUCCACUAGCUGUGGACUUGCUAGAGAAGAUGUUGGUACUGGAUACAGACAAACGAAUUACUGCAGCAGAAGCGCUGGCUCACGCCUACUUUGCUCAGUAUCACGACCCGGACGAUGAGCCAGUGGCAGACCCCUACGACCAGUCUUUUGAAAGCAGAGAACUUGAGAUAGAAGAAUGGAAAAGCCUGACUUACGAUGAAGUAAUCAGCUUUGUGCCACCGCCGCUUGACCAAGAGGAGAUGGAGUCCUGAGAAACUGCUCUCUUCUGCUCGUCCCACUUCACUGUGAGGGGAAGGCCUUUUCAUAGGGACUCUCCAAUUAUCGUUCAAGUGCCUCGUCACAACAAUAUUCUCCUUGGUGGAGGGGUUUUGUGUGUGUUGA